UUUCUCCCUUGUGUCCUUUAUUUCCAUUCAAUCUCUUUGGUCAUGCUAUCUGACUUUAAGACCCUUGCUUUCACCUUAGUGUUGCCGUUAAGACGCGAUAAUCAACACGAUCUACCCCAUCCGUCUCCUCAAAGACUCGCAUGUACAUACUUGCACCACUCCAAUCACCUCGUGCGUCACGAUCUUCACCACAGGAGAUCUAUCCUCCAACCACACGCGACAAUGCCACGGAUUCCCAUCUCCAGAAUCAAACAAGAAGUCGAGCAACGCCGCCGGCACCAGCUCUCCAUAGCCAUUCACGGAUCCACCUCCUCUCUCCCCUCACUCAGCUCCUCCCUCUCUACAGACGCAGACGCAGACGCAGAUGCGCCCCCCGCGCCCCCCGAGCCCCUCGCCCUGAUCUACAACAUCCGGCACGACACCUUCCGACAAGCGCCGCGCUCCAGCCUGGUCAAACAGGAUGUCUCAUCUUCACCGCUAGUCGAGCUACCAUAUGACAUGCCGCCCCUGCUCGUCGAUGGCCGCAUGCAGAUCGUGGAGGUGCCGCGGUGGAAGCGCAAGGUCGGCUUCUAUUGGCGCACGAGUGAUGGCGAGCAGACGAGGGUUCUUUGGAGGAGUGUGAAGUUGCCCGGGAGGAUAUGGUGGCAGAGGAAUUUUGGCGAGAAGCUGUGGACGGAGUUGUGGAUUGAACGGUGCUGAUGGACGACAUUCGGGAUCAACAGGGCGAGCUAGGAAGGAAAGGCGUUAAUGGAUGAUUGUUCGGUGAUUUGUGGUAAAGGCGAUAUGGAAGUGAUUUCCUCGGAAUACCGCAGGGGCCCUCUGGCUGUCCUGGGCAGUCACUUGCCUAAGCUGUUGGGAAGGAUAUGAUGGCAGCCUUGCGAAAUAGGAAAGACUCGGUUUUCACAGCUAACGUCUGUGGGGAGUUCUGGAGUUGGACGUAUCAGCUUGCUAAUUCUGCAGUCAUUUGUCCUAUUCCCUUCUC